GGGACUUAGUAGGUUAAUUAUUAACCCUUAGCAACUUAGGGCACCGGAGGCUUCUGCCGAGGCGCAGGGACAAGGGGUGGCUUGGGCUGGAAAGGGAGCGAUGGCCCCGGCAGCAGCCGUCGGGGUCGCUUUGCUUCAGCUGGCCUCGAGGCGCUGGGUCCGCCACGCGAUUCCUCUCGCGCUCCUCUUGCUGCUGCUGCUUUCUGUCUGCGCUUGGAGCUCGCGCCCUCCCCAAGGCUGCGGAUCCGGGACGCAGCCGUGCAUUCCCAAGGGCACGCCGCCCGUCCAGGUCCCGCGGCAGUCGGGUUCCCUGGAGGCCCCCGAAUGGGAAGAGCCUCCGUGUGGGGGCCCCCAGGGCGUGCUGGGCCACGUGAUGGGGCCGUUCCGCGCCAGCCUGGACCCCGAAGGGGACGUGGUUUUGUCGCAGUACCUAGCCGGAUGGAGGGCGCUGGUCAGGUUCCUAACUCCCCUCGGCUCCAUCUUCGCCUUCGCCACGAGCGAGGCCUUCGCCAAAGUGACAGCCCUCGAGGCUCGGGUGCACGGCCCGGAGGCGGCGCACUACUCGUCGCUGUUGGCCAUGGCGGCGUGGGAACGGCGGGAGGGACGGCUGGAGCGCCCCGGCGUCGCCCCGCGAGACACCGCCAGCUCCUCGGGCUCCCGGAUCCUGCUCUUGCUGCACCGAGCGCUGCGCUGGUCCCAGCUCUGCCUCCACCGGGUGGCGACCGGGACCCUCGGAGGCCCGGACGCCGGCGUGCAGUGCAGCGACGCGUACCGCACGGCCCUGGGCCCGCACCACCCCUGGGUGGUCCGCCAGGCCGCCCGCCUCGCGUUCCUCGCCUUCCCGGGUCGCGGCCGCUGGCUGGAGCUCGCGUGCCCGGGCGCCGGAGAGGCGGAGGCGCGGGCUGCGCUGGUCCGGGUGGCGGGCACCCUGGAGGACGUCUACAACCGCACCCAGGGCCUGCUGGCCGAGCGCGGCCUGCUCCAGCUGGCCUGA